AGUUACGACUUACGAGUAGUAGUAACCAGAAAUUAUGACUAUAAUAUGAUAAUGAUAGCAUUAAUAAUUGAAUAUAACGUAGUAUAAACGACCCAUCGCUAAAGUCUAGUCCAUACUGGUGGGCGCAUCAAGUCGGUAUGCCCAUAAUUAGCUUCAAACUGUCCAUCACACAAUAGUACAGUAUGUUCCACUAUGUUGUUAAAACGACCUAUAAUUUGACCUUGACUCAAUAUUAUAUUGAAAUUCCACAAAAAAAAAAUAAAAAAAUAAAAAACGUACAACACGUAUUAUGUAUAUCUACAAAGGCCUCCACAAUUUUCUUUGGAUAUUACGAUCAUUUGUGACUUUUCUUCCCUUCUAUUCCUAUACAAUCUAAAACAAUCUCAACCAAAUACACACAAUCAACAAAUAAAAAUCCAAACACACUUCUUUUCAAUCUUUCCAUCAUGAUCCCCUUGAAAUCACUCUCCAUUUUCUGCGUCUUCAUAGUCCUUGUUUCCCUUAUCUCCACAUCCACCCAUGCAGCCACCUUUACAGUAACAAACAACUGCCCUUACACUAUUUGGGCCGGCGCAGUACCCGGUGGUGGCAAACGUAUGAAUACCGGUGACACAUGGACUGUCACCGCCAACCCUGGCCAGACCGGUGGCCGAAUUUGGCCCCGCACUGGGUGCACACCUAGUGGGGCCAAUGGGCUCAAGUGCAUCACAGGAGACUGUGGUGGGGUACUCCAAUGCACAGCUUAUGGUACACCCCCUAACACCUUAGCUGAAUAUGGCUUAAAACAAUUUAACAACUUGGAUUUCUUUGACAUUUCCUUGGUUGAUGGGUUCAAUGUACCCAUGAGUUUUUUGCCCGUAAAUGGUUGUAGCAAAGGACCCACUUGCAAGGGUGACCUUAUCGGCCCGUGCCCUGCUCACCUUAAGGCCCCGGGUGGAUGCAACAACCCGUGCACUGCGCUCAAAGAUGAUAAAUAUUGUUGCAUAAAUAGUUUCAAGGAUAAUUGCCCUGCAACUGAUUUAUCUAGGUAUUUUAAGGGUAAGUGCCCAGAUGCUUACAGUUAUCCUAAGGACGAUGCUACUAGCACUUAUACUUGCCCUUCUGGUACUAAUUACAGGGUUACAUUUUGUCCUUGAUUCAAACUAAAAGUGUUGUACACUUGUACUAUCAUGAAUAAAUAAUGGAAUGUUAUCCUAAAUUCCUAAUUAA